CCGGGGAGGGGGAGGAUGGCCCAGCCAGGACCAUCCUGCUUCAGGGAGCCGCCCGUCCCGUUCCCGUUCCUGUUCGGUUCCCGCGUGACGUGGCCUCUUUGCCUUGCAGUGCUCGCCCCUCCGGCGCCGCCGCCGCCCCCCAUCCAAGGAUAUGCCUUCAAGCCCCCGCCCAGACCCGACUUCGGGACCUCGGGGAGAACAAUCAAGUUACAGGCCAACUUCUUCGAGAUGGACAUUCCGAAAAUCGACAUCUAUCACUACGAGUUGGACAUCAAGCCAGAGAAAUGCCCGCGGAGAGUGAACAGGGAAAUAGUGGAGCACAUGGUCCAGCACUUUAAAACUCAGAUCUUCGGGGAUCGGAAGCCAGUGUUCGACGGGAGGAAGAACCUCUACACAGCGAUGCCCCUUCCGAUCGGGCGGGAGAAGGUGGAGCUGGAGGUCACGCUGCCGGGCGAAGGGAAAGACCGCAUCUUCAAGGUGUCCAUCAAGUGGGUGUCCUGCGUGAGCUUGCAGGCGUUACACGAUGCACUUUCGGGGCGGCUGCCCAGCGUCCCCUUUGAGACGAUCCAGGCCCUCGACGUGGUCAUGAGGCACCUGCCGUCCAUGAGGUACACGCCCGUGGGCCGCUCCUUCUUCACGGCCUCCGAGGGCUGCUCCAACCCCCUGGGCGGUGGCCGGGAAGUGUGGUUCGGCUUCCAUCAGUCUGUCCGCCCUUCUCUUUGGAAAAUGAUGCUAAAUAUUGAUGUCUCGGCAACAGCGUUCUAUAAGGCACAGCCAGUCAUCGAGUUUGUUUGUGAAGUUUUGGAUUUUAAAAGUAUUGAAGAACAACAGAAACCUCUGACAGAUUCCCAAAGGGUCAAGUUUACCAAAGAAAUCAAAGGUCUGAAGGUGGAGAUCACACACUGUGGGCAGAUGAAGAGGAAGUACCGCGUCUGCAACGUGACCCGGCGGCCGGCCAGCAACCAAACGUUCCCGCUGCAGCAGGAGAGCGGGCAGACGGUGGAGUGCACGGUGGCCCAGUACUUCAAGGACCGGCACAAGCUGGUGCUGCGCUACCCCCACCUCCCAUGUUUACAAGUCGGGCAGGAGCAGAAACACACCUACCUUCCUCUCGAGGUCUGUAACAUCGUGGCAGGACAGAGAUGUAUAAAGAAGUUGACCGACAAUCAGACCUCAACCAUGAUCAGAGCGACGGCCAGGUCGGCGCCCGAUCGGCAAGAGGAGAUUAGCAAGCUGAUGAGAAGUGCGAGUUUCAACACCGACCCCUACGUCCGGGAAUUUGGAAUCAUGGUCAAAGAUGAGAUGACUGACGUGACUGGGCGGGUCCUGCAGCCGCCCUCCAUCCUCUACGGGGGCCGGAAUAAAGCGAUUGCCACGCCUGUGCAGGGCGUCUGGGACAUGAGGAACAAGCAGUUUCACACGGGCAUUGAGAUCAAGGUGUGGGCCAUCGCCUGCUUCGCACCCCAGCGCCAGUGCACCGAGGUCCACCUCAAGUCCUUCACGGAGCAGCUCAGAAAGAUCUCCAGGGACGCGGGGAUGCCCAUCCAGGGCCAGCCGUGCUUCUGCAAGUACGCCCAGGGCGCUGACAGCGUGGAGCCCAUGUUCCGGCACCUGAAGAACACGUACACGGGCCUGCAGCUGGUGGUGGUCAUCCUGCCGGGCAAGACCCCCGUCUACGGUAGGCGGACGGCUGGUGGGAGCGGCGCUGCUUCCCGGGGAGCCGGGCGGUGGUGGGGUGGGCCCAGCUCUGCGAGCUCAGCCUGGUCUCACGCGGCCUUGCCACGUCCUGUGAGGCUCUCUGAGUGCGUCGCUAAGAGAACUUCGCCCAGCGCCUUGGCCGCCCAGGAGUGGGUGCCCGCGCGGACUGGGCGGUGCCCAGCCUCGGCCUCAAGCUCCCUCUCCCCCCAAGGGCCGCCCGUGUUCCAGCAGCCGGUCAUCUUCCUGGGGGCCGAUGUCACACACCCCCCCGCGGGGGACGGGAAGAAGCCUUCCAUCGCUGCCGUCGUGGGCAGCAUGGACGCCCACCCCAACCGCUACUGCGCCACCGUGCGGGUGCAGCAGCACCGCCAGGAGAUCAUCCAGGACCUGGCGGCCAUGGUGCGCGAGCUGCUCAUCCAGUUCUACAAGUCCACGCGCUUCAAGCCCACGCGCAUCAUCUUCUACCGCGACGGCGUGUCCGAGGGGCAGUUCCAGCAGGUCCUGCACCACGAGCUGCUGGCCAUCCGCGAGGCCUGCAUCAAGCUGGAGAAGGACUACCAGCCGGGCAUCACGUUCAUCGUGGUGCAGAAGCGGCACCACACGCGGCUCUUCUGCACGGACAAGAACGAGCGGGUCGGGCAGAGCGGAAACAUUCCAGCAGGCACCACCGUGGACACGAAGAUCACCCACCCGACCGAGUUCGACUUCUACCUGUGCAGUCACGCUGGCAUCCAGGGAACAAGCAGGCCCUCCCACUACCACGUGCUUUGGGAUGACAAUCGUUUCUCUUCCGACGAGCUGCAGAUCCUCACCUACCAGUUGUGUCACACCUACGUGCGCUGCACGCGCUCGGUGUCCAUCCCAGCGCCAGCAUACUACGCUCACCUGGUGGCCUUCCGCGCCAGGUACCACCUGGUGGAUAAAGAACAUGACAGUGCUGAAGGAAGCCAUACCUCCGGGCAAAGUAACGGGCGGGACCACCAGGCACUGGCCAAGGCGGUCCAGGUCCACCAGGACACGCUGCGCACCAUGUACUUUGCUUGACAUGUUGUGUUUACGAUUGUGAGCGGAGUCGGAUUCACACGAGACCAGCGACACUCAGACCAACGGACUCCAGCCCCGUGGCAGCCAGCACUGGACACCACACGUCGUGGACUCAGCCGAGGCUCCUUUCCCAGAAUGCCUUCCGUCCGGAUUUCACACUCGUUCUGAGCUGCAGACCUGUAUGAGACCCCACUGUCGCAGGAGAGAUGGUUUGCCAAAAUCUAUCCGCUGCUUAUUAAUAGUCCCGUAUUUCCUAAAAACAUCUCCUAAAAGCAGUCUAUGAACUCAGGGCUUUAAAACAUUUUUAAUUUAUUUGGUCAUUCGAUUUACUUGUUUUUAACACGUGAUUCUGUAUGGAAUUGAUGGGCUCAAACUAGCUGUGAGCGUUCUCUGAGGGUGAAAGCAACGCAAACACUAUUGUGGUUUUAAAGCCUUGACCAUUCUGACGUUGUCACUCACGUGUGUCCCACCGACACUCGUGUGCCCUGACGUGGCUCCGCAAGCUCUUAGGGACCCGCGGUGGGCGCCCCACCCGCGGGGGAAAGGGGCUGGGACGCCAGAGACCACGCCCACUCAACAUUUCUAGGUCCAGAGAGAUUGGCAGCCAAGUGCCAUUUUAAUAAAAAUUUAUUAAAAAAACAAAAAAAAAAAGAAAAAAGAUGGUAUGCCGACAGUCUAAUGGUGAGAUUGGUCCUCUAGGACUGUGACAUUUAUUUUCCAAAGUUUCUAAAGAAUACGGGUCUGUGGUGAUGAUACAGUACAAUCCUUUCACUGUAUGUCUUUAAUGUAGAGAAUAUAUAUAUCUGGUUGCAGUAUUAA